AUGGUAGGUACGUACCGUUGGGUUCCGGCUUGCUUGAGCAAAAGAAACAUUCCGAUGGGUGCUCUCAGAGUGGGCACAGACGCUAAUGGUAAUGAAAUGUUUGCUGCAAGAGCACGUCACAAAGGAGACUUACAACCAGCUACAGUUAUACCCGCAAAGAAUACUUGCUACAUAUCAUACGAUGGCGAAGAAAUUCUCAUAGACCAAUUUGAGGUUCUGGUCCCUGCUAUGUUCUCGUGGCUAGCCUCAUCUCGAGGUAAAGUUCCUCCUGGUGCUGUUGAGGCUGGCUUCGCAGCCAAUGGAGAGAAGCUGUACUUCGGAAGAGUCACCCAAAAGGGCUGCACUAUACCUGGAAAGAUCCAACAAUCCCACGGAGUCUGCUACUAUCCUUUCGACGGAAGAGAGAGGUAUUCGGCGAAAUAUGAAUGUCUUGUUCUUUUCUAA